AUCGUCCGCCAUUUUACGGUCGCCAUUGAGAAGUGAAAACCCUACUUAAAUGUUCUCGAAUGAUAGCGGUCUCGCCGUGUGAUUUUUGGGCCUGAGAGCCGUGUCGCGUCGCGAAGUGUUGCUAAUGAGUGUAAGGCGUGCGAUGGAGAAGCCAUGACGCAUCCGUCGCAUCAAACGAACGGCGCCAGCCUGGAGGACUGCCACACGAAUUUCUUCGCACUGACGGACCUCUGCGGUAUAAAAUGGAGGAAGCUUGUGUGGGGCGAAGUGGCCGGCGGUUUCGGGGGUACCCCACUCGAAGAUCCGGUACUGUCGAGCUUCUCGCGUUGCCUUGCGGGUGACAUUCUCUGCGUGUGGCGGCGGGUCGCCGCCACGCCGGCUGCCUCCGCCGGCGGCCCGGCAACCGCCUCUGGACCCGGCCCUGGCAUCUUCGAACUGGGCAUCGCGCCCUCUCCAGCUCCUCCACCACUCUCUCUGACUGCAGCCAAGGAACUCUGGAUCUUCUGGUACGGCGAGGAACCCGAUCUUUCUGGUCUCGUCUCGCCAGAGCUCAUCGCUUGCGAAAGUGAGCAAGGAUCGUGGGAAAGUGGUUUGUCGUACGAAUGCCGGUCUCUUCUCUUUAAAGCUCUUCAUAAUUUGAUCGAACGGUGCUUACUAUCACGUGACUUUGUUCGAUUAGGAAAGUGGUUUGUCCAACCAUAUGAUGGCUUUGAAAAACAUCGUUGUAGCAGCAGUCACUUGUCAUUCUCGUUUGCAUUUUUCGUGCAUGGUGAAAGCACUGUAUGUGCAAGCGUGGAUGUUAGACAACAUCCUGCAGUGCGACAUCUUACUAGGGCAUGUUUGCAGCGCACUCAAACAUCUCAAUCUGGUGUUAAGGUGAUCUUGGCUCCUUAUGGAUUGGCAGGAACUUUAACAGGCCAAGUUGGACGUAUGGAUAGUCAACUUCUCGAAGAAUGGAAACAUUUCUAUCCAAUUAAUAGUAAUAACACGGAAACAGGACUGCCACCACUUGUGGAAGUUCUUGUUGGCGGUGUACGCAUGCGUUAUCCUUCCUGUUAUGUAUUAGUUACGGAUAUGGAUGAUACACCAUCGGGAGCUCCACUGUCACCACCAAAUAGUCCUAUUAGUUGUGAAAAUACUUUUGCAACUGAACAAGAUUUUGGAGCUGCUACAGAAUUACCAGAACGCGUAUGGGCAGAAUGUACUUUAAGCUCACCAGUAUCUGCUUCCAAGACCGAAUCUUCCACAGAACUUGGAACCUGGACAUUUGUUGAACCAAUGCAAAAGGCUUCCUGUACUUGCUCAAAGUAUACCAACCCCGGGGGUUGGAAGGGCCUGGCCUCCUCACAGGUUCAGAGGGAGAGAGUAGAUAAAGGUGGACGGAGGGUCGUACCGUUUCAUCGACGCUCUACCACCCAGUGGGAUGCUUGCCCCUCUGUCCCUGCUAGUGCCCCCAGGUCCGUACUGAGCAGAGUAGAAGCACCAAGUACACCACCAGAAGGACCACCAUCUUAUUCAAGAGGUCCACCUACUGGAGGAGAUUGCCUACCAGUUCCAUCAGUGGGAUCACCAGGCUCGCCAGCACCAUCUCCACUUCCAACCCCACAUUCUGAGCCUGCAUCUGUUCCACCAGCAGAACCAACGAUGCCUACACUCAGCCCACAACCACCACCCAGUCACACAAACACUGCCCCUCCUUUAACUCCAUCACAAGGUCCAAAAUCGGCAUCUUCUGCAUGUAAUAAUCAGGCACAUAGUCCUUUACCUGGGCAAACAUUAAAACGACCAAUCUUAGCCUCUAGAGAAUAUGAAGGUGCUCUUUUAGAAGAUGAACAACCUUUGUCUUGGCUUUAUGAUUAUUCAACACAAGAAGCUUGGCUCAACCAUCCUGUCAAGCGUUUUAAAGGUCCAACAAGUGGUCCAACUAAUGUUCGAAGUAACACUUUGUAUCCACCAAUGAAUUUGCAAGCUUUACAACCUCAAGCACCAAAACUAGAAAUCAAACAGGAACCAAACGUAACAACUAGUGAUUGUAUCGGAAGAAGAUCGGAUCCAUAUGAAUUCGAUGCAAUGGGAGAAGAGAAUAAUACAAAUGUCGAUGGAUUAAGGCGGCAAAGAGAUGAUCCACCUAAACCAGGAUCUUUAUUUACUAGCGAAGGUCUUCAAGCAUCUUAUAAGGAUUUGGAACAGAUUUUUGAUAAUUCUGAUCCUGACACUUCAAGUGACGAGACUAACUUAAAUCAGCUUCAAGUACAAACACCACCUGGUUCUAAUAAAUCGGGUGGUAUGCACGAAGAAACAAGGAUAGACGGUACAAAUAAGCAUAACAAUCGUGGUGUAGGAGUAUUACGACCAGAAGAACUGUCCAAAAUGUUUCCAACACCACCGUCUUUGGAGCAUAAUCCAGUAGCUUCGCCAUGUCAGUUAAACGAUCCGCUUACGGACCAAACCGAUCUCUCCGUUCCGCAACGUCCACUCAGGCAUCUCCCGGAUAUCUAUCCUAAUAUGGGAUCUCCGCAAGAGGAACCAAUCGAUGAUUGGUCAUACGUGUUCAAGCCAGCUCCCAUCUGCAAGAUGGUUGGUUCUUCCAAAUAUGCUCCACUUACAAAUCUACCUAGCCAGUCCCUUCCACCCGUUACACUGCCAUCGCACUGCGUGUACAGACCUUCCUGGCAGUGUAGUUCGACUUCCAUCAAUUCGGAAAAACCUCUUCCACCGUCUAGACCCGGAUCCGUUCAACAACAACCUUGUCCACCAAGUCCAGCGCCAUUAGGCGCUCCAUAUCGUACGACUACUCUUCCGGGUAGGCCACCGCCACCACCAUAUGACCAACCGAGCCCAGCUACUUCCACAACAUCUUCAUAUUUAAAUAAAAAUUUAAACAGUAUCGAGGCAGACACACCGGGGCCAACUCGUGCACCGGAAUCUAAUUCUCUUGUGGUGAACAUACUGUUGGGUGAUACAGCAUUGAAUAUUUUCCGUGAUCAUAACUUCGAUAGUUGCAGUCUAUGUGUAUGUAAUGCAGGUCCGAAAGUUGUUGGUAAUAUAAAAGGUGCCGAUGCAGGUGUUUAUCUAACGAACUCUUGGGGAAAUGGUAGUGCUCUGAUUCAAGAUGACGAUCAAAUUAGGUGCAGCUGUGGUUUUAGUGCUGUGGUAAAUAGGCGACUAGCUCAUAAAGCAGGAUUAUUUUAUGAAGACGAAAUGGAAAUAACGGGAAUUGCUGAGGAUCCAGCGGAAAAAAAGAAAGGAUCGCUUGCUGCACUUGCAUGCGGUGGAGGUAAAUCACCUGAAGGAUUAGAUAUUAUUCCCCCGAAUGUCUUGGAAUUACUUCGAGAGCAAUGCUUGCUAGUACAGAGUUCUGCGAGCAGUCUUUACAGAGCGGCAAGAAUUUACGCUAGCAUGAAAAGUUAUCCAAUGCUCGCACCAACGGUGAAUACUCUAGAAUUUAAUGAUGGCAAUGAGGUAUCACUCGCAGCAUUAGAUCAGGGAAAGAUCGAUAGUACACAUAGUGAAAGAACUAAUCGUGUUAAUGGCAUACAUCGUUGGGUCUUUCUCAGAGCUCGCGGUCCUCAGUGUAGCGGUGAUAUUGUGCGAAUGAUGAGAGCCCUACAGCCGCUCCUGCAAGAUGCCGUACAGAAAAAGUGUACUACUAGAAUGUGGGAAGCACCUUACACUGUUGCUGGACCUCUUACUUGGAGGCAAUUUCAUCGUUUGGCUGGACGUGGAACGGACGAUCGAUGUGAACCACAACCGAUACCUGCACUGGUUGUAGGAUAUGAUAGAGAUUGGUUAUCGUUAUCACCUUAUGCUCUUGGUUAUUGGGAGAAACUUUUGUUAGAACCUUACGCUGGCCCGAGGGAUAUUGCUUAUGUUGUGGUUGCACCAGAUAGCGAUUGUGUAGUCAAUAAAGUCAAGUCAUUUUUCCGUGAGCUUUCAACAACUUACGAAAUCUGUCGAUUAGGGAGACACACUCCCAUUUCAAAGGUAUUACGCGAUGGGAUUCUUCGUGUUGGUAAAUCAGCAGCACAAAAAUUAGCAAAGCAACCGAUUGACGAAUGGUUUAAAUUUCUCGGUGAAAAUCGAAUAGGAGAGUUAUUGCGAUUGUAUGCUCAAGUAUGUAAUCAUCGUCUGGCACCAUAUUUAACACAGGUUAUACAAGAUCGAAGUUUAUUAGAUCCUGGUGAUACUCAAUUACCAAAUAAACAACAGCAGCAACAACAGCAACAACAGCAAACCACUGCUCCUGUUACUGAUACAAUGCCAGCAACGCCUGACGUGAUGACAACAAAGCCAGAAUCUGUUGAAAGUGAAAACCCAAGAAGCGAAACUCCCUCAAAUACAUCAAAUCCAAAUCCAAAUAUCGGCAAUACUACACCGACUUCGCAAAUGUCUACUGGAAAUUCCACAACGACAAUAGGUCCUGACGAAGAGGAAGUUGAACCGCCGGCUGUUGUUGUUUAUUUAGUUGAACCAUUCUCUUUAGGAGGACCUGAAGAUUCUGAUCGGCGACGGCUUGCUAUAUUAGCCCUAUUACGAGCGUAUUCUGCUGCAGUGAAUAGCAUGCCUGAAAAUAUUAGAUCUAACAUAAAUGUUCAGUUAAUAUCACUGGAAAGUAUAAUGGAAUUAGGUCGCGCAAGAGAAAGAAGAAAGAUACAAGAUGAAAUGAGAGCUUUGGCUUUAAAUGUGUUUCUACAAGGACGUCGUUUGCUGAAUCAUAAUUCCACGGUAAAGAGUCUUACUGGUUUUGGUACCGCAGCCGCCGCAGAUCUAUUCCUGAAAAGUAAAGAUUCAUAUAGUAAUACUCUUGCAACUCCACAUCAGGAACGGAACAAAGCACCGUACCGACUGUACGCACCAGCCUAUGUAUUGGCUCCUCUACGAGCAAAAAGCGAAGCGCCGGAAUCAUUUGGAAUUGCUGGACCAGAGGAGUGUGCUGUAUUGUAUUUGAGUUAUUGCCUCAGUGAAGAUCAAUCCUGGUUAUUGGCCGUGGCAACGGACGAUCGAGGAGAGAUCUUUGAAACUGCUACCAUUAAUAUUGAUAUACCUAAUAGAAAACGAAGAAAACGUGCCUCUGCCAGAAGAAUUGGAUUACAAAAACUUAUGGACUUUAUCCUUGGUGUGAUGUCUCAAGGUGUGCAACCGUGGAGAUUAGUUGUAGGUCGUGUUGGACGUAUAGGACAUGGAGAAUUGAAAGGCUGGAGUUGGCUGCUUUCUAGAAAAGCUCUUUUGAAAGCUUCGAAACAUUUGAAAGAAAUAUGUGGACAGUGUAGUCUUUUAUACCCAUCAGCAGCGCCCUGUGUACUCAGCGCAUGUUUAGUAUCUCUAGAACCUGAUUCUACUCUCAGAUUGAUGGCUGAUCAAUUUACACCCGAUGAAAGAUUUAGCCAAGCAUCAGUAAACUGCCAAUUAUCCACACCACAAGAUGUUACAUGUACUCAUAUUCUUGUCUUUCCUACGUCGGCUACUACUCAGUCAUCCCAGACUGCCUUUCAAGAACAACAUAUAAAUGGACCAGAAUUAGGAGAUGAUGAAUUAUUUUCUGCUUUGAAUGAUGAUAUGCCAGAAGCCAUGGAAGGCAUGGGAGAUUUCAAUGAUAUUUUCAAUGUAUGGCCUGAGGCAGGUGCAGGUGGUGGUCAAAGUCCUAGUGGAAGUCCUCAUCGGCCUGAAGGAUCCCCAUUAGGAGGAGACGGUGGGGGUUCUGGAUUAGGCAAUCAUGAUGGACCAGGUAGUCCGUUUCAAUGCAGUAAUACAUCCAGAGUAGCCGUUGCAGAACAAUCAGAAGAAGUUGGUACACUUUUACAACAACCACUUGCUCUUGGUUAUUUAGUUUCUACUGCACCAACAGGACGAAUGCCACCAUGGUUUUGGGCAGCUUGUCCGCAUCUUGAGGGAGUUUGUCCAGUUUUUUUGAAAAAUGCUUUACAUCUUCACAGUCCCUCAAUUCAGCAAAAUAGUGACGACCUCUUACAACAACAAAGUGCACUCACUGCUCAUCCACUUGAUUCACAAUAUACCACCGAUGUACUCAGGUAUGUUCUGGAGGGAUAUAAUGCAUUAUCAUGGCUCGCAAUGGAUGCAAAUACCAAGGAUCGAUUAUCUUGUUUACCGGUGCAUGUACAGGCGCUCAUGCAGCUCUACCACGCAGCGGCAGCUCUCGUCUGACCCUCACCCUCUCCCUUUAUAGUGCAGCAUGUGCACCUCUCUCACGCAUUUCUUAUUAUAAUGUCAUUUGGGGCUUUACGAGAGCAAUUGGUUCCAUAUGGGCAAUUUCUCUCAUGCAUUAGGAAUGUAGAUAUCGUUCGAAUACUGGGAACGGUUUUUCGACCAGUUGUUAAUGAAACCAUAGUACGAAGGAAUGCGGCUUUGUUACAAGGAAUAUUUAAAGAAUGAUAUAGAGUAAUGCAUUAUAAAUAACAGAUCGUAAACAACAGGCCGAAUAAUCCACAGCAUGAUAAGUCCCUUUACAAUUUUCUAUUAUAGCCCACAGAUGAAAUAGAUUUGUAAUUUAUGUUUACAAAUGUGAUAA